UCUGUUCCCGCGCGAACAUUAAAUCUUUUCCCCUGGUUUAUUUAGUUAUUAUUACUCUUAUUAUUCUUGAAAACGCCAUUUUGAAAUUUCAGUCAUAUGUGUAACGUGUACGUUGAUGUGUUAGUGCCUUAGUUGGCCAAAUUUUUCAAGUAGCUGUGCACCCAUAGAAGCAUGGCUAUUCUACACCAGAGUGAUGCUGGCUAUUUUGUGUGCCAUCGUAGUCUGUCAGAAGAAAUGUGUGGAAGGCCAUACCUUCGUAGUUUGUUUGAUAUACGCACUCCUUUUCUGAAAGACCAAGAAGCUAUGUCAGUGGCCCAAGAAAUGGCAAGUGGUGUGCCCAAAAGGAGAAAGCGUAAGAAAAACCAUGAAGUUAAACAGUUACCCCUUGAAGAAUCAAAAGUUUUAGAUUUCUUAUCUGAGUUAUCAAAGUUUUUUCAGCCAUCACCGUCACCACUAGAUUUUGCUGCAAAUAAUAAACCUGUUCGUGAUCUAGUGACUCAGUUUCUGUCUUCAGCAUCUGGCUCGAAAAUCCAAGAUCUCAAUCUUGAAAUGAGUUACUUCAACUCAUCAGAAUGUGUGAUAGAGAAGGAAAUAAAUGGUGAAACUUUUAUCCUUCCUCCUCAUAGCCAGUUUUACAAGCAUGACAUCACUUAUCUGGAUACCCUCAAAACAAAAUCUGGCUGUACGUUUUCUCUAAUUGUCAUGGAUCCCCCUUGGACGAACCGGUUCGUGAAGCGCAAGAGAAAAUCUGGCAGUGUAAACUGUUAUCAGUCGAUGGAUAACGACAUUUUGGCUACUUUACCUAUUGCCGACCUUUGCACUGAAGGUGCUUUAGUGGCUAUAUGGUGCACCAAUUCGAAGACACAUCUGGACUAUCUUACUAGUACCUUACUACCACUCUGGAAACUAACCUAUAUUGCUACCUGGUUUUGGAUCAAAGUUACGGUCUCUGGCAAAUUUGUAUGUGAAUGGAACGGACCCAGCGGCAAACAUCCUUUUGAAAGGGUCAUUUUGGCACGUAAAAUGCAUUCCGUUAAAGGAUUAACAAGCGUGCCAAUUCCGGAUAGACAAAUAUUUGUUUCCAUACCUUGUGCCAUACAUUCGUUCAAACCACCUCUUCAAAAGUUGCUCCAACCGUUUCUCGAAGGAAAUGGUCAGACAUUAGAAUUAUUUGCGCGUUCCCUUUUGCCGGAAACUGUUAGCUUAGGAAAUCAGUUGCCGCUUUUGCAACACAUUAGCUUAUUUGAAGAGAGAGAACGGAACGUUUAAUCGUUUUUCAAGAUAAGCUUUUCAUAAUCUUUUUUUUGUUUUACCAUACUAAAACAUGUUUUGUUUUUUUGUAUUGUUAAGCAAACUUGACACACUUUCCUAAUGUUUAAAAAGCGAAUUCUGAAACUGAAUCAUUAGUGAUAACUGGAGCACUUUUCUUUCUUCUAAUUAAUUUUCCUUUCUUUCCUGAUUGGCUUUGCUAAACGAACGAUCCAAGCAGUCUUAAAAGAAAAAUGUCACGAGGUUGGCAAACAUUCGUCACUUGCUGUCACCAGUAAUCUCUAUGAACUAUUGAAUCAUCGAUCCAUUGAAAAAAUGUUGAAAAAAUGUGUUGAUAGAAUGCGACGUGACAAAUCGAAAAAUUUCCACAUUGAAACCUUGUGAUGAUAGAUACUGUCACCCAUUGUAGUUUCCCACCAUAACCUAUUACCAAACAACCAAUAGAUAUAAAGGGCAAGUGAAAGGUUAAAGGUUUUCUUAUUGUCGCCACGACAAUUGCCUCAUUUCUGACCAUUUUCUCGAAAUCCUUCUAACUUUAUAAAGUUUAUCAUUAAACCACGUUCAAUGAUUUCUCUGGUUAAAUCCCUUAAGACUUUCCUGAUAUAAGAAUGAUUGCGUUAAAAGCUUAUGGGAUUGGAGUCAACGGAUUGAACUUACAAGAUCCAUACUUGUUUUUGUCCGCUAGCGUUAAAGCUUAUUAUUUUAAGUUCAAAAUCCCUGUAUUGUAACCGAUUGAUUUAUGGCCUAAUAUUCACGGCGAUAAAAUAGUUGACGUAUGACAACGCUAGAGACAAAGCUUAUUUGUACUAAUAUUAUCUGUUUGUAGUAGAGUGAAAAUUAUAGAUCAAAGCUACAUUCAGAAAAAUAAACGUGCCAUAUCUUUUA